UUCUGUGGGGAGAAUUUUACUUCUUCUGGCUCCCAAGGCAACCUUUUCCAACAACGAAUAAAAGGUUUUUAUACAAUGAGGAGACAUUUGGGGACUUGGUGGACAGUCAUUUUCUUUGCCCUGCUCUGUAGUUAUCUCUCCUUGGUCAAGGCCAAAGGUACAAGACAGAGGAACAAGUCAAACAGAAAAAGCCUGCAAACCAAUCGGGCCAACCCCACCACAGCCCAGCCAUCAGAGAUACUCCAGGGAGCUUUCAUCAGGCAAGGCAGAAAGCUUUCCAUUGACUUUGGGGAGGAGGGCAAUAGCUACUAUGAGGCCCAUUACCAACUAUUCCCUGAUGAAAUCCAUUACGUUGGAUGUGCCGAGUCCAAUGUGACGAAGGAUGUCUUCAUCAGCAACUGUGUGAAUGCCACCCACGCAGCCAACAAGCUGGAGCCCCUAGAAGAAAAAAACACAAAUGAUAUUCACUCGAGAGUGCUAGAGCAAUUAAUAAAGGAAUUAUGUGCCCUCAAGCACUGUGAAUUUGCGACAGAGACAGGAGCUGGCGUUAAGCUCUCAUUAGACCGAUCCAUCAUGGUCUACUUGGUGAUUCUGGCUUGCUUUGUAAAACUUACAGCCUGA